AUGACCUGGGCUAACUCUUGUGCCAUCAUUCCCUUCCUGCUCUUUAUCUUCAGCCUGUUUGUCGCCUACAAAGUCUGCUGGGUCAUUGACUUUUCCAAGGGUGACCAAUGCGACUGGCUGCCACGCACCAGACAUGGCAUCAUCGUCUUCUCCGUCUUUUGCCUGAUCUUCUUUUUGAUCUUUCAGGUGAUCCGCUUCUUCGUGGUCCGCUCGGAUAUUCGGAUUUUGGAGGGUCGAAUGGACGACCUGCAGAGAUCGAUGCACAAUUUCCAAGAGCUCACGGACGAGCUUGUUUCGGCUGAGCACGCCUACAAUCAAUCCUUGGUCUAUGCUCCAGAUUCCUGUGGUGAGCACAAUCCGUUGGCGACGCAGCUGGUGCAGCUGUUGGCAGAUGCACUGGAGGACGAGUUCAUGCAGGUCGAUUUGAUUCUUGAGAUCGUGAGAGAGACUUUGGACACCGCGAUGGUGUUGUUGGCGAGAGGUAAAACCAACCUGCACUCAUUCGGAUAUAUGCUGAUCUACUAUCCGAUUUACCCGGCCGUGAUCAUGCUCCUGGGAAUGGCAUGCCUGCUCUGCAUCGCAGGCUUUGCUUGGAACCGGCCGAAGGUCCUGAUCAACCCAUAUUUUCGAGGUGCUCUCAACAUGCUCUCCCCAUGCAUCCUGAUCUUCGUGCUGUUUUGCGGCAUUUGUGCAUCAUUGUGCUUCUAUAUCUCCAUGCUCAUCACCGGUUACUGCUUGAACAUAGAUGACAAUUUGCAAGUGGCAUCAUCACGCAUCAAAUUUCACGAAGAGGUUGCCGAGAAGGUCAAUGUGGAGCCUAUCCUCCAACAUACUGCCGCGUACUAUCUACAAGGUGUCAAUGUGAAUCCCAUGGGGACAUUGUUGCAAAACUUUGAAGCGGCGCUCUACACGGUGAAGCGUUUGUAUGAGAUGUUUGAAUGGCUCGUGCACCUGGGCGACGUCAGUUGCCCUGGACUAGUUCGGCUGAGCCCUGUGCCCCUCUUGAAAUUGCUUUUGGAGACGACGGCAGACGGGUAUGACUUCAUCUCUGCCAAGAACAUUUGGCCGUACUACUCAGCCAUUGCUCACAAGACGGUCUGUCACCACUUUCCGCGCAACGGCAUGGGCCUAGUGUUCAUUUGCAUUUUAAUCGGCUUCAUUUUUUGCCCUUUGAUUGCAAUUACUAUCAGUAAUCACUUGAAGCAUGCUCGCUGGGUACUGAGCCAAAGUAUAGCCGGGGAGUGCUGGAAGAGAGUUUCUUGA